AUGGAAAAUCGUGAGCGGAUUCAUAAGAAAUUUCAAACUCCCACUUUACAAGAUGAGGGAGGCAAGGAAGAGAAAGUUGAUUUGAUAUCGGACUUAAUAAAAUUCGUUGCAGAAUUAAACGACAAACGGUAUGAAGGAGAUACAAUUCUGACCACUUUCAAAAGAGUAAUGUCUUCUACCUUCAUCGACCGGUACGAAUAUGAUAAGGCAAUGGAUAAUGCCUUUACUAAACACUCCUUCGAUCCUUUCCAGAGAACUCUUGAUCGUAUAAAUUCUACUGUCGAUACAUUGGAUGUGAAAAUGAAUAAGAUAGAGGUCUUAUUUGAUGACCUUCAGAAAGAUGUUCGAAACCUUCAGUUCGAAGUCACUCGUAAAUCAGAGAAAACUGAGCUAAAAGAGCUUAAAGACCAUGUUGCCAAACUUCCUAGGGUUGAAGAGAUAAAAACUAUCAGAGCUAGACUAUCUAAAACUGCUUCUCUUGAGGACUUCUAUGAUGUCAAGAGUAGGAUCACUGUAGUGAAUGAGAAGAUGGAUAGCUUCAUGACCAAGGAGUACCUAAAUAAGACCUUCUUCAAUCUUAAAUAAAGAUCUUGACAUUAAGAUACUACAAUUUAUAUCAAAGAAAGAUGUUCUGGAAAUUAUUGAUAGAAUGACUCUUAAAUUGAAAAAUCAUAUGAAAAUCAUGGAUGCUGAGGUUAAAAAGAUCCCAAAUCUUUUUCAUAAUAUCGAAAACCUGAAGGGCCACCUUAGGAACACAGUUCUUAGCAAAGACUUUAUGGAAGAAAAACUGAAAAUUGAUGAAUUCGUUGAAGAAACAAAGACAAAUUGCCUCCUAAGACCACAUUUGGAUUCUCAUAAAGCAGAAAUACACACUUUCGUUCAAAAAUGAAAUGACACUCUGAUUGGGUAUCAGAAAGAUAAUGAGCAAGCUAAGAAGAUUCUAAGAGGAUUUGAUGAAGUCUUACUCGAAAAAGCAUCCAAAUUCAGUAUUAAUGAUUUACAGUCUAAGCUUCAACAACUUGCUAAUAAGGAGGAAAUGAACGACCUUAAGCAAUACUUCAACUUCAAAUUUGAAGAAACCAGAGUGAUCAUUGAUAAACUAAAGGACAUUGUUGAUGAGAACCAAAAUGAUGUUGUUGGCAUUAUUGGUAAAGAAACUGAGUCUAUUCAGAAAGAUCUCAAAGAUAAAAUCAAAGAGUAUCUGUUAUCAAAAACAAUAUCCCCUGAAGAAGUCAGGACUCUUUUGGUUAACAAAGCUGAUAAGAAUGAAAUAGUUGAAGUAAAGACUUUGAAAGCUGAUAAAGCAGAGAUAGAGAAUGGAGAGGAGAAAUACAAAUUGUUCUCAAAACAACUACAACACCUUGCAGUUUUGGUGAUUGAAUUAGCAAAGAUAGCUAAUUUAGACUUGGAUAUGAACAGCCCCUUGCUUGGAAAUGCCAAGUAUUUAUUAAAGCAGUCUUGCAAAGUAUUUGAAUGGAUUAAAUGAUACCCUCAUUUCUCUAUAAAAGAUCAAAACUUUCUGGACAAAGGGACAUAUGAUCCAAGUGAAACUUUCGCUCCAAUUGCCACAAAUCGAACACAGAAGAGCAUAGGGAACAGCCCUAAAGGAAAUGAUCGAUUGAGUACUUUCAGGUCUGGCUCUGAACAAAGAUACGAAGACAGAAACCUCUUUGGUAUGGUUGACCACCCAGUAAUCAAAGCUAAACGACAGAUGGUUCGCAGACAGAAGAGAAAGAAUUCUAAAGAAUUUCUUAACUUGAGUCAGCUAAAACUCAACCUGGGACAAACCGUUUGCUCUAAAAGAAGUGAAAGUGUCAACUCUAGAAAAAUUCCUUCUAUUAAUAUCAAGGAGCCCACUAAAAAAUUUAACCUUAAAAAAUUAUCAGAGAGUGCUGGAGAGAGCCAGCAAGAGAUCUUGAAGAGUUUUUCACACUUGAAGAGAAGUCUGAAGAACGAACUCGGCAUUUAGAGUUUUAUAUAAUAGUAUUGAUCUCUCAA